AGGGCCCAGGAUGGUGCUCUCGGUGGCAGGGCUCCUUGUCUGCUCCCUCCUGCAAACCGUCCUCUCCCUCAACCCUGAGGACCCCAACGUGUGCAGCCACUGGGAGAGCUAUGCCGUGACCGUCCAGGAAUCUUACGCACACCCCUUUGAUCAGAUCUACUACACGCGAUGCACAGACAUCCUCAACUGGUUCAAGUGUACCAGGCAUCGGAUCAGUUAUAAGACAGCGUAUCGGCGUGGGCUCCGGACCAUGUACCGGCGGAGGUCCCAGUGCUGUCCUGGCUACUACGAAAGCGGAGACUUCUGCAUACCCCUGUGUACAGAGGAGUGUGUGCACGGCCGCUGCGUUUCCCCGGACACCUGCCACUGUGAGCCCGGCUGGGGAGGGCCCGACUGCUCCAGCGGCUGCGACAGCGACCACUGGGGCCCCCAUUGCAGCAACCGGUGCCAGUGCCAAAACGGAGCCCUGUGCAACCCCAUCACCGGCGCUUGCGUGUGUGCUGCCGGCUUCCGAGGCUGGCGCUGCGAGGAGCUCUGCGCACCUGGCACCCACGGCAAGGGCUGCCAGCUGCCGUGCCAGUGUCGCCACAGCACCAGCUGCGAUCCCCGCACCGGCGAGUGCCUCUGCUCGCCCGGCUAUACUGGUGUCUACUGCGAGGAGCUCUGCCCACCUGGGAGCCACGGGGCUCACUGUGAGCUGCGCUGCCCCUGCCAGAAUGGGGGUACCUGCCACCACAUCACUGGCGAGUGUGCCUGCCCCCCAGGCUGGAUGGGAGCAGUGUGCGCCCAGCCCUGCCCACCAGGGACAUUCGGCCAGAAUUGCAGCCAGGACUGUCCUUGCCACCAUGGAGGGCAGUGUGACCACGUGACUGGGCAGUGCCACUGCACAGCCGGAUACAUGGGGGACAGGUGCCAAGAGGAAUGCCCCUUCGGGACCUUUGGCUUCCAGUGUUCCCUGCGCUGUGACUGCCACAACGGGGGUCAGUGUUCACCCACCACCGGUGCCUGCAAGUGUGAACCUGGCUACAAAGGCCCACGCUGCCAGGAGCGGCUGUGCCCCGAGGGCCUGCAUGGCCCAGGCUGCAGCUUGCCCUGCCCCUGUGAUGCCGACAACACCAUCAGCUGCCACCCAGUAACUGGAGCUUGCACCUGCCAGCCGGGGUGGUCUGGCCACCACUGCAAUGAAUCCUGCCCUGCUGGCUACUAUGGCGAUGGCUGCCAGCUGCCUUGCACCUGUCAGAAUGGUGCCAACUGCCACAGCGUCACUGGGAGCUGCACCUGUGCCCCAGGCUUCAUGGGGGAGGUCUGUGCAGUUCCCUGUGCAGCAGGGACCUACGGCCCCAACUGCUCAUCCGUCUGUAGCUGUAACAGCGGUGGCACCUGCUCCCCAGUAGAUGGCUCCUGCACCUGCAAGGAGGGGUGGCAGGGCCUCGACUGCACCCUGCCGUGUCCCAGUGGGACGUGGGGCCUGAACUGCAACGAGAGCUGCACCUGUGCCAAUGGAGCAGCCUGCAGCCCCACCGAUGGUUCCUGCUUCUGCACCCCUGGCUGGCUGGGGGAAAACUGCGAACUGCCCUGCCCGGAUGGCACAUUUGGGCUGAACUGCAGUGAGCGUUGUGACUGCAGCCACGCCGACGGCUGCGAUCCCGUCACAGGACACUGCUGCUGCCUGGCCGGAUGGACAGGCAUCCACUGUGACAGCACGUGUCCACCCGGUCGCUGGGGCCCCAACUGCUCCGUGUCCUGCAGCUGCGAGAACGGCGGUUCCUGCUCCCCAGAGGACGGGAGCUGCGAGUGUGCCCCGGGCUUCCGAGGACCCUUAUGCCAGAGAAUCUGCGCCCCUGGGUUCUAUGGCCACAGCUGCGCCCAGCCGUGCCCCCUCUGUGUGCACAGCAGCGGGCCCUGCCAUCACGCCAGCGGCAUCUGUGAGUGCCUCCCCGGAUUCUCCGGAACCCUCUGCAACCAAGUGUGUGCUGGAGGGCACUUUGGGCAAGACUGUGCCCAGCUCUGCUCCUGUGCCAACAACGGGACCUGCAGCCCCAUCGAUGGCUCCUGUCAGUGCUUCCCUGGAUGGAUUGGCAAGGACUGCUCACAGGCUUGCCCACCUGGGUUCUGGGGCCCCGCUUGCUUCCACACAUGCAGCUGCCACAACGGGGCGAGCUGUAGCGCCGAGGAUGGGGCCUGCCACUGCACCCCUGGUUGGACCGGACUCUUCUGCACCCAGCGCUGCCCAGCAGCGUUUUAUGGGAAGGACUGCGGACAUGUGUGCCAGUGCCAGAAUGGUGCCAGCUGUGACCACAUCAGCGGCAAGUGUACCUGCCGCACGGGCUUCACCGGGCGACACUGUGAGCAGAGAUGUGCCCCAGGAACCUUUGGCUACGGGUGUCAGCAGCUAUGUGAGUGCAUGAACAAUGCCACCUGUGACCAUGUCACAGGCACCUGCUAUUGCAGCUCUGGAUUCAAAGGGAUCAGGUGUGACCAAGCUGCCCUCAUGAUGGAGGAGCUAAAUCCCUACACCAAGAUCAGCCCAGCACUGGGUGCAGAGCGGCACUCGGUGGGUGCUGUCACAGGCAUCGUCCUCCUGUUAUUCCUCAUUGUGGUGCUGCUGGGCCUGUUCGCCUGGCACCAGCGGCGGCAGAAAGAGAAGGGCCGAGACCUGGCUCCCCGCGUCUCCUACACACCUGCCAUGAGGAUGACCAGCACUGACUACUCCCUCUCAGGUGCUUGUGGAAUGGACAGACGUCAGAACACAUACAUUAUGGACAAAGGCUUCAAAGAUUACAUGAAAGAAUCCGUAUGCAGUUCUAGCACUUGUUCCUUGAAUAGCAGUGAAAACCCUUAUGCCACAAUUAAGGACCUACCCAUCCUCACCUGCACGCUUCCAGAAAGCAGCUAUGUAGAAAUGAAGUCGCCUGUGCACACGGGGUCUCCAUACACAGAUGUGCCAUCCUUGUCGACAUCUAAUAAAAAUAUAUAUGAAGUUGAGCCCCCAGUCAGUGUGGUCCAAGAAGGCCGUGGUGGUAACUCCAGCUAUAUCCAGAAUCCAUACGACCUACCUAGGAACAGCCAUAUUCCUGGUCAUUAUAACCUCCUCCCAGUAAGACAGAGCCCUGCCAAUGGGCCGUCCCAGGACAAGCAGUCUUGAGGGUUAAGCCUCUCUCUUGCAAUGCGCUCUGCUGAAUGUUCUCUGACUCUCUGAAAGAAGACAAUCCCUUGACUGAAAUAAUGGUACAGACUGACUCCAGCUGCGUGUCAGUUAUAACAUUCACCUGGAACUAAAGAAGAGCUUCCAAGUGGGACUGGGUAACUGUUCAAGAGGUCCGUUCUCAAAAGCAAAUUCUACCACCCACCCACCCCCAACCCCAAAUGCCACGGAUUAUAUGAUCUUUUAAAACAUUUAAGAUAAAGCUACUCAUCAACAUUAGCUAAAUAUAUACAUAUUAAUAUUUAUAUAUUAAAUUAUCUGAAACAUGAUGCUUAGAAAGCACGUAGAAUAGGUUUUACCAACUUUCCUAGGAGUAAAGGGGACUGGGGAGGAGAGGGGAUUACUUUAAAGCACCUGAAAUGUAUAUGUGCUUUUGGUUCCUGUUACCAUCACUUAUCUGUUUUAUUACCUAAGAUAAUUAGUACAGAGACACAAACUGUGCUAAUAUCAAUCCUAAAGUACCUGUACAUAUAUGUCAGGUCAAUCAAAUUAUAACUGCCAAGAUUACAGAGUUUAGUAUACAGUCUAAUGCUGACAACUUCAAUUUUUUAAAAUAAGACUUUAAUGAAUACAAAUUAACUUUCCCUCUUCUAGCCCUGGUGGUAGUAGGAGGGAAAAAAAGUUUCCAAAGCGCAACAGCCUCUUUGAGUCAAACAAUGAUUUCUAGGCCAGCUUUACAAAAUCUUGCCAAUUCAAAGUUCAAGAACAUUGCAAGCCAGUCCUGGCCUUGUCAUAUCUCCUGAGUCCAUCCAACACCUCAGUUAUUCCACGUGAAACGGAACUCUGAGAUGAUGCCUUUAGGCAAGCAGUCAUAGACUGGUAAGAAUUAAACAUCCCUAAAAAUGGUUAUUCGGCCUCCCGAAUUUAUUUGGUUGGCAUUCCUUGACUCAGAAGAGUCCAUGCUGUCAAGCAUAUCUUCAUAAAUCGAGCUUGAUGUAGUAUGGAACCUAAAAGUGUAGAGGAAAUUAAACAAAAGUGGAUAUAAGAAGUUUAAGUUGUCUUAAGUACAUUAUGCUUUUUGAUGGAACUAAAUGAAAUGAUCAAAGAAGAAUGGACUGUAAUCAAUUGCUGUAACAUGAUGUAAAAACUUAACAUAUAAGUAUAUGAAGUACUUCUACCUUCUAAGCACCACCUACUGACAUGGCCAAAAAUGUAUUACAAUGAGCUAAUGCUCCUGAUCCCAGUAUUCAGGUGUAUCUAUACUUCCACUCUAAUGAAUAUAAGUAAACUGGGGCUCGGAUGGGCCAAAAAGGAGCCUCUCCCAAGCCCUAAAGAGGACCUCCUCACAAGAAUUAAAGACCAAAAGGGCAAAGCAGGGAAACUAAUGACCACCCUAUACCAACUCCAUUCUCUGAUUAACAGUCCAGGCAGUAAAAAAUACUUCCAAAAAGGUAUACAGAAGAGGAACUAAGUGACUGUAAAUGACUGCAAAGCUGGAACAGCUGCUACAGGAAAUGUGGGAGUUCUGAAGCCCUUGAUACACAUUGGAAGUCUGCCAUGGAACCCAUUAGUUUGGGCAAUAACCAGCAAAAGCAAGAAAAUAAAUAAAUGAGUAAAUCCUCCCUUCCCCACUUCACUCAAGGCUUAAGCAAAUUUUAUCGUUAGGGGAAAAUAUAAUCCUUACAUGAAUGCUGCAUGUAUGCAUGGGAGCAAGUGAUCAGCAAUAGCAAAUUUACUUUCAAAAAAAGCCUUAUUAAAAUAUAAAUACUAGAAAAUUACUUCGUAGGCCCAAGUAAAUAUUUCUCAUACUUAUGCAGGAAGAAAUAGAGAUAAGAGACUUACCUCAGUAUUUCAGGGCAGCAAGUGCUCAAAUAUCUUUCUCAAGUAAGGAUCAAGAAGCAUGGUGAAGUCAGAUCAGCAAGGAGAAACUUCGUCUCAAUCCCAGGUUUUAUUUUCUUCCCUUAGCCUGCAUGUACAAUAACUGCUGCCUGGCAAACUGCAAACAAGCACUCAAGUUUCGUUUCACCUCUUUUUUGCCAAGUAUCUUCUGGCAAAAUUCAGCAAGAGGUGGCAUGGUGGAAUUGCUAAAGCACUGGGUCGAGAUGUGAGCGUUACUUGCCCUCUCUGGGUUCCUUUUUCCCCCAUGUAUUGAAAAAAAGGUAGAAGCAGAGAAAGGUAAGGGAGCUCUGACAACCCUUCAGCUCUAGCAUUCUAUGAUUUUUAAAGAAAUGUAAUACAAUUCAAAUCAGGCAAUACAGUGAAGAAGGGAAAGACAGAGGGUGUCAUUAAUCUAUUGUGACAACAGCUGCCUUCACAUAUCUAAGAGUUACUGGUAAAAGACAUUCCAAUCUAACAGAGCACCUACUAGGAACUUCUGUCUAGCACUGUCACAAAUAGGUUCAUGGUCAACCUAAACGUGUGCACUGUGCAUUUUAUUGGCAACAUGGAAAAAUCUGUUCAAUUAUUUUACAGAAAUUAAGUUUUUACUCAAAGUGAUGUGCAUACAAUUCAAAUGAAUAAGAAAAAAACAGUCACUGUACAAUAGCAUAAGUGGAACUAUGAAAUGGCAAUACUUUUUUAAACACCCCAGAUUUGUAAUAUAUUUGUUCACUGUGCAGAAGGAUCGUACCUUGUACAAAAUAAAAUGAAUUUCUCAAACUAAUUU